AACUCCGAGCUCUUCAAUCUAACUUAUGGAUCCCUUGUUGCACAGCUGUGUAAGGACUACGAAAAUGAUGAAGAUGUCAAUAAGCAACUGGAGAAAAUGGGAUACAACAUAGGUGUAAGGCUGAUUGAAGAUUUCCUAGCCCGUUCAAAUGUUGGAAGAUGUCAUGACUUUCGAGAAACAGCGGAUGUUAUUGCUAAGGUGGCAUUUAAAAUGUACCUGGGUAUCACACCCACUAUCACAAACUGGAGCCCAGCGGGUGAUGAGUUCUCCCUCAUUUUGGAAAACAAUCCUCUAGUAGACUUUGUUGAACUGCCAGAUAACCAUUCCACACUUAUAUACUCCAACAUGCUGUGUGGGGUUCUGCGAGGAGCUCUAGAAAUGGUACAGAUGGCAGUUGAUGUAAAAUUUGUUCAAGACACACUAAAGGGUGACAGUGUUACAGAAAUCCGAAUGAAGUUCAUCCGAAGGAUUGAAGACAACUUACCUGCAGGAGAGGAAUGA